AUGUCCCUCGCCGACGCCUCCCGCAUCCCUCCACGGAAGCCCAGAAAGGAUGAACUGUCCCUCAUAAAACAUCCGCGCGUAGCGGUAAUGACAUGGCCGGUGAUUAUGGGCGUCGUCUAUCUGGUCGUCAGGAAAUUCGCCCGGCCUGGCGUGCUGCGAGCAUCGCGAGGCUUUCUGUUUUUGGUUGGUGGCAUUGGGACUCUGCGCUCUGUACAAGACCUGUGGGAUGCGAGACGCAUCGCCGCCAAACGCGAUGAAUGGGAGCUCAGGAUGAGGAGCCAGAGGUCCGGCCAGCUUUCGGGCUUUGGACCUGCGAGCCGGGCGGUGGCCGGUCAGAGUGAGGUCGGCGACUGGAUGAGAUCGGACAACCUCGUUAGUGCUCGCAUCGCUGACCGCGUCACUCUGGCAGCGAAGAAGUCCUGGCGCGGCUGCGGAUCGCACAUCCCUUCGGCGCUCUCUGGCGUCCCGGAGGACCAGUGGUGCACUUGCGAACCGCCAGUCAUGAUCAACGGCAAAGCCUACCCGCCGGCGGCCAGUUUCGAGAUUCCCGGGCUCUCUUGGCUGACGAGCUGGUUUGGUGGUGGUGCCGGCGGCGGCGGCGGGGCAGCGAAGGGUGGCAGUCCCAAGGGCAAGGACGAGCUUUGA